AUGCCGGAGGUGGCCGGCCGCGUGACGCCGAGCAAGAAGGCCAGCAUGCUGAAGGGCCUCGUCAACUCGCGCAAGCGCAAGCUGACUGUGCAGGGCGCGGGCGUGCAGAUGCUCCCACCGGGCUGCAGCAUCAGCGACCCGAGCUACUCCAUCAAGGACGUGGAGAAGUAA